GCCUGAUUCCGGUAGUGGCAGAUUUCUAUUCCCUAUACUACACAACUGUCGAGUAUCCUCCCACAUCUGCAAUAAUCCAAGCGGUCAGAGCUCCGAACCCAACAGACACGAUCAGUUUGCAGUUCACGUUUAGCAAAACCAAUACCCUCAACCAUGUUGUUGUGUAUUUCACAGAAGUUGCUUUCAAUAUUAAUGAAACUAGAUCCUUUGAUUUUUAUGUGAACAACAAUUUCAUGGUAACAAUCAGGCCAGAGUACGAGAAUUGUACUGAUGCAUGGGCCAAUGCUCCAACAGUGGGUGCAAUGGAGGUUGAGCUCCGGCCACCUAUUGACUCUGUUCUUCCUCCCGUUAUCAGUGCCAUUGAAGUGUACACGGCGAGUGAUCCUCUGGUCACCAUUGGAACAUCACAGGAUGAUUUGGAUGGACUGGCAGUCUUGAUAAGCACCUUUGAGCAGCUUGAGGGGUGGAGUGGGGAUCCAUGUCUCCCUAGUGACACCAUAUGGCAGUGGCUGAACUGCAUAGGCAAUGACCCUCCAAGAGUAACCUCCCUAAAUCUCUCAGGGUAUGAACUGGAUGGCUCUCUCCCUGACUUCAGCCAAAUGCAGGCUCUUGAAACCAUGUAACUCAACCAUUGUC